UUCUCUUUUUUCACGGUUAUCGUCGUCUCCGAUUCCUUCUCUUGUUCUUGUGAUUUCCGUCGUCGUCGUCGUCGUCACGUUGUCACCGUCUUGGUUGCCCUCCAGCUUUUACCAGCAACGAUCACGUUUCUAACUACACAGAGGAAAAGAGGAAAAGAGGAAAAGAGGAAAAGAGGGAAAGAGGGAAAGAGGGAAAGAGGGAAAGAGCGAAAGAGCUCUUUCCAUAGCGAGAGAGGAAUCGUCCGUGUCCAUGGUCGGCUCGUGCCUCGGUGUGUUCGACUUGUCUCGAUAACAAGCUCGAGAACCUGAGCCCGACCAACACCGUCCAACGAAGGAUAACGAAAGCUGGAGAGAGAGAGUGAAGCCAAGGGCUGCCCGUUGUCAGGGUCGAGGAAAGCCGAGCGACGAUCAGUUUCAACGCUCGGAGGGGAACCGCGCACGUUUCCGUGCCAACCUCGCCUCCUGGUACUCGUCGCCGUCGUCGAACUGGACACAGGAACGGAAGAGCUGGCGACGGUGUUUGUUCUCUUGGAAAUUCCCAAGCGAUGAUCCGUGAACUGGGAAUGUAGACGGAAGGGUGGGGAAAGCGGAUCUGCCCCUCGCAGGAUCGAAGGAAGGAUCCUCCACCUCCACCUCCACCUCCACCUCCACCUCCGCCAUCAUCUUCGUCGUUACCUCAUCCUCGAACAAUUUCAACCUCCGCAACCACUUGGACACUGCGAGGACACGAUGCCGAUAAACCAAAGUUCCUUGGCAAAAUUCAAAGCCCUGAUGGUGCUCAGCUUAACGGUGCUUAUCCACCUGAACGUCUGCUGGUGUUCGCCGUCCCACAGGAGUAGACACCACGCGGACAUGUCCCACGAGGAUGCGAAAGGUUUCAGAACGAGCGAAGAACUACCGAGGCCGGCCGCCCUCAAUUCGAACGACGAUCCGUUGGUGGUCGAGACCAAGAAAGGCAAGGUCAUGGGCAAGACCAUGACUGCUACCACUGGAAAGGAGGUCGACGCCUGGUUCGGAAUCCCUUACGCGCAGAAACCUCUCGGACCUUUGAGAUUUCGACAUCCGAGACCGGCGGAGCGGUGGUCGGGGAUUCUGAACGCCACGCAGCUACCAAAUAGCUGCGUGCAGAUUCUGGACACAGUGUUUGGCGACUUCUCAGGCGCGACUAUGUGGAAUCCAAACACUCCUCUGAGCGAAGAUUGCCUUUACGUGAACGUGGCCGCGCCACGGCCUAGGCCUACCAAUGCCGCUGUUAUGGUAUGGAUAUUCGGUGGUGGAUUUUACUCCGGAUCGGCGACCCUCGAUGUUUACGAUCACAAAACCUUGGUGUCGGAGGAAAAUGUGAUUCUGGUCUCGAUGCAAUAUCGAGUCGCCAGCCUGGGUUUCCUGUACUUUGGAACGUCGGACGUACCUGGGAAUGCCGGUCUGUUCGAUCAACUGAUGGCCCUUGAGUGGGUCCGCGACAAUAUCGCUGCGUUUGGCGGAAAUCCAGACAACGUGACCCUGUUCGGAGAGAGCGCGGGCGCCGUAUCCGUUUCUAUGCACCUACUUUCGCCUCUGUCAAGGCACCUGUUUAGCCAAGCCAUCAUGCAGUCCGGCUCUCCGACGGCACCAUGGGCCAUCAUAAAACGCGACGAGUCGAUAGUACGCGGCAUCCGACUGGCAGAGGCUGUAGGCUGUCCCCACGAUCGCGAUAACCUGCGCGAGGUGAUCGAUUGCUUGCUGACCAAGGAUCCGGUGAACCUGGUCAAGAACGAAUGGGGCACCUUGGGCAUCUGCGAGUUUCCCUUUGUGCCCGUUAUCGACGGCGCUUUUCUCGACGAAACGCCUCAACGAUCGCUGGCCACCGCCUCGUUCAAGAAAGCUAAUAUCAUGAUGGGCUCAAACACCGAGGAGGGUUUCUACUUUAUCAUUUACUAUCUAACCGAGCUGUUCCGCAUCGACGGCACCGAGGACGUAAAGGUCAGCAGGGACAAGUUCCUCACCGCCAUUACCGAACUGAACCCGUACGUCAGCCAUAUCGGCCGUCAAGCGAUCAUCUACGAAUACACCGAUUGGCUUAGACCGGACGACCCGAACGCAAAUCGCGACGCUUUGGACAAAAUCGUCGGCGAUUAUCAAUUCACCUGUAACGUAAACGAAUUCGCUGCUCGAUACGCCGACACAGGGAACGACGUUUACAUGUACUAUUACAAGCACAGAUCCGCGAACAAUCCCUGGCCUAGAUGGACCGGCGUAAUGCACGCCGACGAAAUCAGCUACAUCUUUGGGGAGCCUUUGGAUUCGUCGAAAGGCUACACGCCGGAUGAAGUGGCCUUGUCCAAAAGGAUGAUGAGAUAUUGGGCAAACUUUGCGAAAACUGGGGAUCCAAAUGUUGGCACCGACGUUGCAUCGUACACCGCAGCUUACUGGCCGCCGCACACAGUCGCAAAAAAAGAAUACCUCACCUUGGACACCAACAACUCGGAAGUCGGCAACGGGCCUAGAGUAAGGCAGUGUACUUUCUGGAAGAAAUAUCUUCCAGAACUUCUCACCGCUACAGCGAGACUAGAGCACGCUUCGAAAGAUACGUGUAGCGGCAGCAGCGUAAACGCCGGCAAUCAUCCAGUGAUAGUGAUAGUGGGCUUGAUGUUGAUCGGCGGCUUGUUCAACCACAGAAUCCAAGUUUUGCCAAUCUUUGACGCCAGAGGCUUCGUCUAGCUCCUGCUGCAAGCUGUACGGACCGUUCUCGAUCAUUGACGAAGCAAAGAUUGGUUGGAAAAAACGCGCGGUAUGGACGAAGACGAGCACGGACGAGCACGGACGAGCACGGACGAGCACGGACGAGCACGGACGAGCACGAUGUCAACAGUCGCCACGAUGGUUUUAAAAACGGUGACAAUGAGUCGACGGUACCGCUGAUAACGAGACAAGAAGUAAACAAGAAAAGGAAAAGAAAAAGAAAAAGAAAAAACAGACAUAUCAAUGCGGUCGAUUGUGCUCGGUCGGGCGGGGACGCGAUCGAUAGGUCGAGUCCUUGGUUCGGUGGUGAGAAAAAUUUCAUUCGCGGAUCAACAGAUCUACGAAAUCCUCUUUGAGGUAAAACGGUAGAAACUGUGCUUCGGACAAGGAAGAGACUCGAGGAUUUUCCUCGGUCCACGUCUCAUCGACAAGUGCUGCUCUAUUUUUUAUAUUCUCGCCCUCUUUAUUUUUCAUUUAUUUUCUUUUUUCUUUUCUCUUUUCUCUUUUCUCUUUCUCUUCUCUUUCUUUUUUUCUUUGUAUUUCUUCUUUCUAUUCCUGUUUCCUUUUCUUUACCCUGUCUGUUUACUUACGAUCUAGAGUUUGAAAACUACGUUCGACGGCGUGGGUUAUCCUGACUGCGGAUAAAGGAAGAAAACCGAACGAACCCGAGGCUAGAAAUUCGCGUUCCUGACGGAGUCUCGCUAACACGAAUCGAGAGGUAUCGAACUAAAAACGAGAGGGCUUGGAGUAAAACAAUUUGUAGGAUUUAAUUGUCGCGAAGUCUGAUGAAACAGGAACAGCCGAUAAAUCAGUGUCGAGUGUUCCCACCGGUCUACGUCGCCUCGCAGUCGCCUCGCAGUCGCCUCGCAGUCGCCUCGCAGUCCACUGCGUUACAUCUCGAGCAUCCUAACGCGACCUCUAUGUACCUAUCCGACCAACUCUAAUUGCAACUACUCACGCAACAAACAUAACACCACCGUCGUACUUCACUGUCCACCGCGUUUCCAAAUUUAUUUAUCGCAUAUUUUUCCUUUUUCCUUUUUCCUUUUUCCUUUUUCCUUUUUUUCUUUAAUCGGUUUGAAACGGAUUGAAUCGGAUCGGAUCAUCAAAAAGCGACACUAUAUUCGUAGAAAUUCUCUAAUGCCGAUUUCGUUUAAGCUUAUUUUCUUUACUCUUCCGGUCUAUGUAUGGUGACUAUAGUCGUAACUUCGAAAUAAUUCGUAGCGACCGAGCGUGAGCAUAGCCAGGGGCCAUAGGAAACAUUAUUGGCCGGAUCGCUGCACGGUCCAUUCCGAAAUUAUUAAGCACAGAAUGCUUCGGAAGUAACGCUUUUUCCUCGGUAACGGGAACAUUUUACCGAAAUCGUUUAAACGAGAAAACAUCCUCCGUUCCCUUCGCAAAGAUGACAUUAAUUCUUAUUCGUACGUAUCCGUGUAAAAACAUCAAUCCCGUAUAUUCGGUUCAACGUAUCCAGCUUUGAAGGUAACGCGAGACCGUCGAACACGAACAGCUCUCGUUCUUCUUAUUCCCUGGGCAGAGAAAAAGAUAGUUUUAGAAAAUGUGGGAAUCAGCAUAAAUGUUUUUUUCUCGAAAAAAUACGUACGCGGAACGAAAAUUAUAG